AUGGGAUUUCAAUGUUUGUUUUCUGGUACAUAUUCAGAUGAUUUUGAUGAACUUCUUCUAUUUUAUCUUGACACUGAUGAACAAAUUGUUAAAGCAGAAUUAAAUCUAUGGCAUGCAGUACUUAACAACAAUGGACAAUACCCUAAAAGUGGGUUGGAAGCAUUAAGGCUAUGCAAGAAGGAAAUGUUUCCAAAUAUUCAUUUCUUAGUUCAAAUACUAUGUACUUUACCAGUGUCCACAGCAACCCCAGAACGAACGUUUUCAUGUCUAAAAAGAUUGAAAACUUAUUUAAGAAACACAAUGACAGAAGCACGACUUAAUGGUCUGACAAUGUUGGCUGUUCACACUGAUAUACCACUUUCAGCUGAAGAAGUCCUUGACGAACUUGCAAAAAAACCACGCAAACUAGACUUUGUUUUAUAA